GAUUUGAUUCGGCGCCACUUUAAAAAAACGAAAUUCAAGAAAAGCAGGCCUAAAGAGACGACAGUCCUGCCUUUGCGAACAUUCUUUCCGUUACGAUUCCGCAUUCGUUACGAUUCCGCAUUCCGUUCCUGCCUUUGCCUUUGCCUACUUCGCACGCAGUCCAUUUCUCAAAAAUUUUAUCCUCAAGCAAACCAAAACCCAAAACCAAAAAAAAAAAAAAAAAAUCUUAGCUUCGUUCGAUCCCACAACUUAUUCCUCUGAUUCUCAGACUCACGCAGAUAUCAAAAUCUUUUGGGCAUAGAGAUAAGGAAGCAACCUAUAGUUAUGCGUGCAAAUGGCAACAUAUGAUUAUGAUCCUGAUGUUACUCGGUGGGGUCUCCAUCAUCUUACAUAUGAUUAUGAUCCUGAUGUUACUCGGUGGGGUCUCCAUCAUCUUACAUAUGAUUAUGAUCCUGAUGUUACUCGGUGGGGUCUCCAUCAUCUGCUAGAUGUUUGCACUCUUACGAAUAAUGCUUCUUGUAGUGGUGUGACUCGAUAUGACCAAGAUUUGAGUCGAGUUGAGUUUGUUAGAGAAGGUUAUUGUGAGAAGGAUAAUGUGGAGAAUGAUGAGGCUAUAGCACAUGCGCUUCAAGAAGAAUUUUUGCGGAUUGAUUGUUUAGAAGCUUCCGGAGUAUCUAAUGGUGGGCCAGAGCAUUUGCAAGAAUCGGUUCUUGCACAGAAUUGUCUUGGUCCUUCGGGUAGACACUAUAGUUAUGGGCAUGCCAAUGAUCAGCAAGCAGCAAAUGGACCUGGCAUACAGAUGGAGAAUGCAGUUCCCUGUGGAAUCAUAAUAGAGGAGGUGGGUGAUCAUAACAGAGUGGAAAAUAAUGUACAACCUGAAAUUAAAAUGUUCGCAUCAUGCUCUAAACCAGGAGGAGAAAAAUCAUCUUAUGUGGAUGAUUUGUUUCAUAUAAUCGAUAUAGCUGAUGAGUCAAGUCUUGAUGGUGAAGUAGGCAAACGAUUGAAUCAGAUGGUUCCUGUUCCUAUGGAGAAUGCAGUUCCCUGUGGAAUCAUAAUAGAGGAGGUGGGUGAUCAUAAUAGAGUGGAAAAUGAUGUACAACCUGAAAUUAAAAUGUUCGCAUCAUGCUCUAAACCAGGAGGAGAAAAACCAUCUUAUGUGGAUGAUUUGUUUCAUAUAAUCGAUAUAGCUGAUGAGUCUAGUCUUGAUGAUGAAGUAGGCAAACGAUUGAAUCAGAUGGUUCCUGUUCCUAUGGAGAAGGCAGUUCCCUGUGGAAUCAAAAUAGAGGAGGUGGGUGAUCAUAACAGAGUGGAAAAUGAUGUACAACCUGAAAUUAAAAUGUUUGCAUCAUGCUCUAAACCAGGAGGAGAAAAACCAUCUUAUGUGCGUGAUUUGUUUCAUAUAAUCGAUAUAGCUGAUGAGUCCAGUCUUGAUGGUGAAGUAGGCAAACGAUUGAAUCAGAUGGUUCCUGUUCCUCAUGUUCCUAAGACUAUUGAGAAAAUACCUACAGCUGAUGAAGAAAUAUCAGAUCAUCAAAGGCUGCUAGAGAGGCUGCAGUUAUAUGAGCUGGUUGAGCUUAAGGUUCAAGGAGAUGGUAACUGCCAGUUUCGUGCUUUAUCUGAUCAACUGUAUCGUUCUCCUGACCACCACGCUUCUGAAAGAGAACAGAUUACUCAACAGCUUAAGUAUCACCCGGAAAUGUACGGGGGUUAUGUCCUCACGGCUUACAAUGACUAUUUGAAGAAAAUGAGCAAGAGUGGCGAAUGGGGUGAUCAUGUGACAUUGCAGGCUACUACAGAUUGGGGUUUAUUGGCCUUUUAUGGUCUUUCUCUUCCUCAUACCCUAGUCCAACUUACUGCUGGGGUCCCAACAUCAUUGCCUGCAGGAGUAAAGUAUGAAUUUCAGACAUUUCCGGUUGAUUCAAGAGCUAUAGCAGAUGGAGAUGGGAUGACAGUGUAUACAGUCCCAAGGGAGCCAUCUUGUGUUCCUAUAGAAGUACAAGUAGCAGCUGUCCAAAGAUCACAAGCGUGUGUUGAGAAAAAUUAUACAAAAGCAUUUGCAAUUCACAAAAAAAUUAUUGAGUCUGGAUAUCGGAUACUCGAUUUUCAGAACAAUAAGGAAACCCUUGCUCGAAAGUAUCGAAUUCGACUAAGGGGAAUAGAUGCACCAGAGAAUCAAAUGCCAUAUGGGAAAGAAGCAAAGGAGGAGCUGACAAAGAUUGUGCAAGGAAAGUGCUUGCGAGUCCUUGUUUAUGGGGAAGAUCAAUAUGGCCGUUGCGUAGCUGACAUAUAUUGCGAUGGCAAAUUUGUUCAGGAAUUAAUGCUUAAGAAAGGUUUUGCAUGGCACUAUGCAACCUAUGACCAACGCCUAGAACUUGCAAGAUGGGAAAAAGAGGCUCGAGCCACAAGAGUUGGCCUCUGGGCUUCAUCGAAUCCUGAGAAGCCAUGGGAAUGGAGAAAGAAGAAUAAGAAGAAAGGACAAAAGAGAAUAAGGAGAAAGGACAAAAGCGAAGGUAGAUGACAUUUUCCAAAUGGGAAGGAAAGUGAGACCUCCUUGUGACUAAUUAUCUUAUUUGUUCCAAGGCAACCCGAGUUUUAUACUAGCUAAGAAGUUGGCAGCUUUGAAGUUGGAUCUAAAAAAGUGGAACGAAGCAGAGUUUGGUAAUGUCACUAUUAAAAAACAGCAUCUUUGGAACAAGUUGAAUGAUUUGGAUGUGAGAGAGGAGACUCAACCUUUAACAGUUGAGGAAAAGUUAGAACAAACUGAUCUCCGUACCGAGAUUGAAAAGCUUACUCUUUUAGAAGAGGUUAGUUGGAGGCAGAAGUCUAGGGUGUUGCAUUUGAGGGAGGGAGAUGCUAAUACUAAAUUUUUCCAUAGAAUGGCUAAUUCCCAUAGAAGAAAUAAUGGUAUUGAGAGCCUUAUGGUUGAUGGAAUCUUGUCUUCAGAUCAAGGUAUGAUUGCUGAUUGUAUUACUCAAUUCUUUAUGAAAUUAUACUCUGAGGUGCAAGUUGAUAGACCGUUUCCAGAAGUCUUGGUAUUUCCUAGGAUUUCUGGUGAUAAUGCAGAUUGGCUAGAUAAACCCUUCGAAGAGGUAGAAAUUUUUGAGGUCAUACAGAAUUUUAAUGGUGAUAAAUCGCCUGGACUUGAUGGGUUUCCAAUGGCUUUCUUCCAAGCUUGCUGGGGUAUUCUCAAAACUGAUCUUAUGGCUGUUUUUCAUGAUUUUUUUUGCUAAAGGUUAGUUUGAGAAGAGUUUGAAUGCAACUUUCAUCACCCUCAUACCUAAAAAAAAUGAAGCAAUUGAAGUUAAGGAUUUUCGCCCCAUUAGUCUUGUUGGGGGGGGGGGGGGGGGUGGGGGUUAUAAAAUCAUUGCUAAGGUCUUAGCCAACAGACUUUGCACAGUCAUGGAAGAUAUAAUUUCAGCUUCACAGAAUGCUUUUGUGAGGAACCGGCAAAUUCUUGACCUUGUACUUAUUGCUAAUGAAUGCCUUGAUAGUAGAUUGAAAACUGGGUUGCCGGAUAACUUCUGAACGGUAAGGAAUUUUUAGAA